AUGGCAAGAAUGGCUCCACCGCAUACAAUUCAACAUGUCAACUCUGAUAACAACUUGUUGAGGCCUGAUUCACCAUACAAUGCGGCUCACCGUCUUCGCGGCAAUGAAGGAAGAGCUGGUUCAGUGGGUGAUUGCUCGAGAAUGGCUUUAUUCAGAGCAAGUCCGAAGAGUCAAUUCCGAAGACGAUCGACGCGGCGUCGUUUGUCGAACGCUCAACGAUUGGCCGAUCUCGAGGAUUUCAUCAAUAAACGGUGGGUUGAU